AAUUUAAUAUCUCAUUUUUGAAGGCCCAAUUUAUAGCCCAUAUAAACAACAACGUUACUGUUUGUCUCAGUUUUGGUUGCAUUGCAGAGGAAAAAUGGUUACUCUUUCUUCUGCUACUUCUAUGGCUAACAUUGUUAUUGGAAUAGCUUCUCUUCCUCUACCUUCAUUACCCUCAACAAAUUCAAACUCUUACACUCUCAACCAUAAAAUUAAGACCCAAAAACAUAAUCUUUAUCUGAAUUUUUCAGAAACCAACAACACAACAACCUUAUUUCCUUCUACCUUAUCAUCAUCAUCGUCAUCACUUAGAAACAAAAGUAGUUGUUCUGUGUUGGCUUGUCUCCCUUCAUCUUCUAGUUCUCCUUCAACUAAGCUAUAUGUUAGUGGGCUAUCAUUUCGAACAACUGAAGAGAGCUUGCGAAAUGCAUUUAAGAAUUUCGGUCAACUUGUAGAAGUCAAUCUGGUGAUGGAUAAAGUUGCGAAUAGACCAAGAGGGUUCGGUUUCCUUCGUUAUGAAACGGAAGAGGAAUCGAAGAAGGCUAUUGAGGGUAUGCAUGGAAAGUUCUUGGAUGGUAGGGUCAUAUUUGUGGAAGUUGCCAAACCAAGAUCAAAGAUACAGCAGAGAUUCAACCAAAACACUUUGUAGUAAUAAUGAAGUUCCAUACUACAUUUUAUAUAUUCAUCUUGUCAAUGUAAUAUGCAGAAUACAGUAGAAUUUGUCUUAAUACUUUCUGCAUUGUACUCUGAUACUAUAUAUGAUGGUUCUUUCCAUAUGAUAGUAACAUUGUUCUUAUUAAAUUAUUAUUAGGAAACAUAAUGUAUAAUAGAAGUGGACUACAAUCUUUUGGUUCCAA